CGAAAUAAGAAGUCACAGAAAAAAUAUAUUGACUGAUAUUGAUCUAUUUAGGGGGGCUAAUUCAUAUUUUAGGACUAGCUAAUUCCCUGAAUCCUACCCUUUAAUUUUUUGUCUGAAAUUUACAUUUACAUUUUACUCAACUGCGUUGCCCACUCCAGUCAGCAAAUGGCGGGCUGCGAUUUUAAGGCAAUUCUGCUACUGUGACGUAUAAUCUAGUGGACGGAACGCUUCUUUCAACAGCAGCAACAGACAGUCAGCCACCUCUGUAGCUUGCUGGACAAAAUAGACGAACCAAUAAAGCUCUUUAGACGCUUUAGUGUAUAUUUGCCACUGUAUUUUAAAACCACUUCUGUCGCCUAGUUAGUUAUCCGUUUUAAUUUCAUAUUUACGGUAUUGUUUUUAUUCAUCUAGCGGGCUGGUUAAGUUAGCAUUAGCCUAGCUAGCUAACAUCUCCAACCAUGAGGUCACUAAGCUACUCUCUUGUUAAUGAAGAGAAGGACUGCUGGACGGAGAAAGAAGCUCUCGUCAAAGAGGAGAAUGAAGAGAAGGAUAUCACAGUAAAACAAGAAGUAGAGGGUGAGGCUGUUACAGUGAAAGAAGAAGAUAAAGACGUUUCAGUGAAAGAAGAGGAAGACGCGUUCAGAUUGAAAGAGAAGGAAGAUGUUACAGUAAAAGAAGAGGAGAAAGAGGAGGAUGCAGUUUAUGGAGUGAAAGAGGAGGAGGGGGAGAUGACUGUCUCAUUGAAAAAGGAGGUGGAAGAAGAGGAGGAAACUGGAUUUCUGGACUUGGUUUCCCAAACGCAUCUUAACAAUGGUUCUAACGAUGAACGGGCCCUGGUUAACACAAGAGAGAGACGGGACUAUCGUGGAUCCUCUGGGGAGCCUCAACAACAUCAUGAUGCUGACGAGGCAGAGAAGAGUCUCUCCACAUCAGAACUCAAGAAACACCAGUGGAGAACCACAGGGAAGAAAUCUCAUUGCUGCUCUGACUGUGGGAAAUGUUGCAAAUCUUCAUCAGAACUUAUAAUACACCAGCGAGUACACACAGGAGAGAAAUCUUAUACAUGUGAUCAAUUUGGGAAGAGUUUUACUCAGUCAAGCUCCCUGAAAUCCCACCAUAGAACACACACAGGAGAGAAACCAUAUAGCUGUGAUCACUGUAGGAAGAGUUUUACUGCAUCUGGUAAUCUAACUACACACCAGAGAACACACACAGGAGAGAAACCUUAUAGCUGUGAUCAAUGUGGCAAGAGUUUUACUGCAUCUAGCGAUCUAACUAGACACCAGAGAAUACACACAGGAGAUAGACCUUAUGGCUGUGAUCAAUGUGGCAAGAGUUUUAUUCAGCUACAAACCCUGAAAUCACACCGGAGAACUCACACAGGAGAGAAACCUUAUAGCUGUGGUCAAUGUGGGAAGAGUUUUACUACAUCUAGCUAUCUGACUACACACCAGAGAACACACACAGGAGAUAAACCUCAUAGCUGUGAUCAAUGUGGGAAGAGUUUUAAUGAUUCUAGUCAACUGAUUAGGCACCAGAGAACACACACAGGAGAGAAACCUUACAGCUGUGAUCAGUGUGGGAAGAGUUUUACUGAUUCUAGUCAACUGAUUAGGCACCAGAGAACACACACAGGAGAGAAAUCUUAUAGCUGUGAUCAAUGUGACAAGAGAUACUCUGAUAAAAGGUGUCUGAUCAAACAUCAGAAAAUACAUACAUGAAGAAGUUGUUUCAUGAUAUCAAUGAAAUGAUGUCACAAUGUAGAAUGUUUUAACAUUGUAGAAGGAGUAUUUUAAUGAUGUCACAAUGUAGAACCCUAAGCGUUUGUUCAAUUGAUUUUAGGGAAAAAGAGGAAAAAUCCAGGCUCUGAAUUGAAAGAGUAUUAUUUAUGUGAUUUAUCAAAAAGUGACUAACAUAAAAGAGCUGUGUUACACUUACCAUGUUGGUGACCCACUUGAAUCAAAAUGCAACACUUCAAACUAUUUCUGCAUAUUGGUUAUUGAUUUGGACACGUUAAAACUGUGUUUUGACAUUGCACUAUUCCCAUUUAUCAAAAUCUCAUUCAAAAGACGUUGAAAAUAAGACUAUGCCUGACGUCCAAUAUAUGUUCUGUCCAGUAUAUGUUCCGUUGUAGUUGAAAGUGAAAGUUGAAAAGAUGUAUUUUCGGGUCGAUUUUUUUCCAAUGACUUAAACUGCUUAAUUUCAACGUACUUGCAGCCGAUACACCUAUAAUCAAUUUUAUUAACAAUCUGACAUCACUCCAGAAUACACCUAUAAUUUCAUAAUAGCAAUCAUAAUUAUUUCAAACAUCCAGCCUGACAAAAGAUACAUGUUUUAUUAUUCCAUGCCUCACCAUUAAGUUAAUUAUUGCCAAUACAUAUUAACAAAGGGGUGAACAUUUGGUUUUGAUAUUUCAUAUUAUGUAACAUUUAGUAAUCAUAGUUAUUCAUGCAACCAACUUGACAUUUUUGGGUACAAUUAUAUUGACAUUGUUACCCUGCUUUUAUAUCCAACAACAUGCCUAUCUAGUGAACCCUGAAAAGAGAGAGAAGCUCCGCAGUGAGGUGGAAAGUUACUAUGGAUAUCGCAGGAGUUUCCUCUUGAAAUCAGACAUGUCCGUGGUAAGGACAACUUGGUUGCUGAUUAUCUCAAGGGUGGGCAGUCAAAUAGGUUUGUGUUUUGCAUUUAGCCAGUGAGUUACCAUGGUCACAAUUUAUUCUGACACGUUUUUCUGUGUUGGAUAUUAGUUUUAUCUCUUAUUCUUUUCUGUAUUUUUUAACUGCACUGUUGGGGGCUCGUAAGUAAGAGUUCCAAGUGUUGUAUCCGGCGCAUGUGACUAAUACAAUUUGAUUUGAGUUUUGUUUGGGCUCGUUCCAAGGGGACGAGAGUUCUAGAAGCUAGUGAGUUUUAGGAAGAUGAGAGUUCUAGAAGCUAGUGGGUUUUAGGAAGAUGAGAGUUCUAGAAGCUAGUGAGGUUUAGGAAGACGAGAGUUCUAGAAGCUAGUGAGUUUUAGGAAGAUGAGAGUUCUAGAAGCUAGUGAGUUUUAGGAUUCUAUGGAAAGAAAAAUGAUUAAAAAAAUAAUACGAUUGUAUAUUAUUAUUUAGAAGAACGUGUUUUUUCUUGUUUUUAAAUGUUGACAGCCAGUAGACACUAUGUUUAUAUUGUAGAAGGUGAAGCAUUGUAGAUGAUUAUGUGAAAUGGAAGUUGUAGAGAUACUCUGAAUGGUUGGCUAUGAAAAGCCAACGGACAUUUACUCCUGAGGUGCUGACAUGUUGCACCCUCGACAACCACUGUGAUUAUUAUUAUUUCACCCUGCUGGUCAUCUAUGAACAUUUGAACAUCUUGGCCAUGUUCUGUUAUAAUCUCCACCCUGCACAGCCAGAAGAGGACUGGCCACCCCUCAGAGCCUGAUUCCUCUCUAGGUUUCUUCCUAGGUUCUUGUCUUUCUAGGGAGUUUUUCCUAGCCACCGUGCUUCUACACCUGCAUGGCUUGCUGUUUGGGGUUUUAGGCUGGGUUUCUGUACAGCAAUCUGUGACAUCAGCUGAUGUAAGAAAGGCUUUAUAAAUACAUUUGAUUGAUUGUACAACUGAAUGCAUUCAACUGAAAUGUGUCUUGGGAGCACUGAUUGGUGUCACCUCGUUAGUCAGUAUGUGUUACACCUGUGCUGGCUUGUCCAUCUCGUUAGUGGGAAGGUGUUUCACCUGAGCUGGUCCAGGUUCUAUUUAAGAGUGUCUGGUCCAGUGCUCCAGUUGUCUUGAUAGAUGUGGAGAGUCAACACCUUUAGUUGCUCCACCUUUUUGGUUUGCUUCCUGUCUUUUAAGUUUGGUGUGGGUUUUUCUUUUGUUUGCCUCUUCUUGGGCAGAUUUAGUGGGUCUCAUGGUGGGUGUCUUUUAGGUCCCAGUUGUUGUUACUAGUCAACUUUCAGUGGACACCCCCAUAGUGUCUUUCAGAGCACCUCCAAAAAACAAGCUUAUAUUUUGGGUUGGAUAUUGCAUCCAAUUAAUAUUUUAAUCAAUGGCAUUUCCUUAGAAUGCUCAUUAGUCUUUCAGUUGUUAGUCUUCUGUUUUUUGUGUACUAAAUAUUUCAUUUUUUUAUUUGUUUUUUUCUGUGAAGCCAUUGUGUUGCAUCCAUGUCUGAAAUGUGCUGUAUAAAUAAAUCUUGAUUUGAUUUCAACAAAUUAAAUUAAUUAAUGUGUUACACCUGUGCUGGCUUGUCCAUCUCGUUAGUUGUUUUGUUUGCCUCUUCUUGGGCAGAUUUAGUGGGUCUCAUGGUGUUUGUCUUUUAGGUCCCAGUUGUUGUUACUAGUCAACUUUCAGUGGACACCCCCAUAGUGUCUUUGAGAACCACUCCUAAAACCACACCUGUUUAGUUGUUGUCAGUGACUCUUUGUUAGUUCCCUCUUCUGUUUUUCUUGCUGGGGAACGUAACAACAAACAAUGUAGUAAAACAAGUUUAUAUUUUGGGUUGGAUGUUGCAAUUCUUAGUAUUUUAAUCAAUGGCAUUUCCUUUGAAUGUUCAGUAGUCUUUCAGUUGUUAAUCUUUUUUAUCCUCUUAUGUUUGUUGUGGUAAACAUUUGUUUAUUUUCAUUGUUUUUUCCUGUGAAGCCAUUGUGUUGCAUCCAUGUCUGAAAUGUGCUGUAUAAAUAAAGCUUGAUUUGAUUUGAACAUAUUGCAAAACAAAU